UCGGGCCGGAAGCGGAAGCGGAAGCGGUCGGUGCGGGGCGGCCAUGCUGCGGCGGCUGCUGCUGCUCCUGCUGCUGCUGCUCCGAGGGGACGCCGAGGGGCAGCAGCCACCCGAGCCCGGCGGAGCUGCAGGCACCGGAGGAGGAGGCAGCGUCCGGGACACCCCCGAGAGCCGCCCUGAGGAUGGAGCGGACGGGAACGGACAGCAGCGCUCCAGGAGCGGUCAGACCGGAGGCCAGGACGGGCAGGGCACGAGCAGUACGAGGGUGACACAGGAGGAUGCAGCUGGUGCUGGGAACGGGGCACAGGAGCAGAAUGGGGGUGGCCAGAGCGGCAGUGCUGGUACCGGGGGGGACACACAGGGUGGUAGUGGCACAGGUGGUGGUGCAGGUGGUGAUGGCACAGGUGGCAAUGGCCAGACCCAGGCCAGCAGUGGCACGGACACAGACAACAGCCCCCAGGGUGGCAGCAGUUCUGAGACAAGCCAGAGCACCAGCACCAACAAUAGUGACAAGAACGGGAGCAACGAUGGCACAGCUGAGAACCAGAGCAACAGCACCACCAGUAACGGCAGUCCCAGUGGUGCUGGCAGCAGUGGUAGCACAGGCGAUGACAAAGGCACUGGCAAGGACCAGAGCGAGACCACCAACGGUAACAAUGGGAAUGGGGUUAGUAACCAGAACACCGGCAAGAGCCAGGAGGGCAAUGCUGGGAGUGAGAACAAGGAUGGGGAGGCCACCAGUGAGAAACAGGGCACCAGCCAUGGUAGUGAGACUGCCAAGAACGAGGCCGACAGCAAAGACAGUGAGAAGGAGAAAACUGAGGAUAAGAACCUGGCCAACAACCAAGACACCAACACCAACGACAAGGAAAAUGAUGACAACAACCAGGAAAACAGCCAGGAGAGCAACACCGAGAACCAGGAGAGCAACACCGGGAACCAGGAGGGCAACACCGAGAACCAGGAGGGCAACACCGAGAACCAGGAGGGCAACACCAGGAACCAGGGGAGCAACACCGAGAACCAGGAGGGCAACACCAGGAACCAGGGGAGCAACACCGGGAACCAGGAGGGCAACACCGGGAGCCAGGGCACUGAUGGGGGCUCACCAGGGGAUAAGGUCACACCAUCACAAUCAGCUUCCUCCGCCGGUGAGGACGACAGCUUCCUAGAGAAUGAAGAAGCCCCCAGGGAGGAAGAGGAAGGGGGUAAAGGCAGCAGUGAUGCCUCCUCCUUUGCCAGGGACAGAGGGAAGAGCCUCCCUUCUCCCAGGGACCAGUCGGAGAACAGCCACUUCUUCGCCUACCUGGUGACCACUGCGAUUGUCGUCGCUGCCUUGUACGUCGCCUAUCACAACAAGCGCAAGAUCAUUGCUUUUGCUCUGGAAGGAAAACGAUCCAAAAGUGGUCGAAGACCCAAAUCUGGCGAUUAUCAGAGGCUGGAACAGAAGAUCUAGCUUCCUCCUUGGAUGCUCAGCGAGUAGUGAUGGACGGCAUUGGAAGUGCAGGAGCCCCAGGACACCCACUGCCUCCCCCGCUCAGCUGUGCACCGUGUCCAGGUUCCAGACAGCAGGAAGAGGAAGGGGAAAUGCUUUUAGCCUUGCACCUGCACCUCGGUAAUGUUAAACCCUUCACUUCCUCAUAACGUGUUCCUCCUUCUCCACCUGCCUGAAGAUGAAAGUCCCCUGGCUUGUAGCCAGUGCCCAGCACUUGACAGAGCCUCUGUGGCCAAAUGAAAUGGGAUUUGCCAACUACUGUACUGAUGUCUCCUCUUGGGGGAAAGAAAUUGUAUAGAGAGAGAUAUAUGUGUCUGUCUGCCUGCGAAAUGAGCCGUCUGACCCUCCCCCUGCAGAGCCAGAGCUCUGCUUGUACCCAGCACCUUGAGGCACAUGAGUUCUCCUCUCCACUGUCUUUGGAUGCUCAGCUGCAGCGUGUGACCAACUGCACUGGUUUGGAAGUGAUCCACUGAGGCCUCUGAUCUGCUGUGAUUGAUUUCCCUCUCUGUGUAAUGAAGACAAUGUUGGGCUUUAACAUCCAGAUUCUCUCUUCCUGCACAUCUUUGACACUUGGAUCCUGGCUUAAACCUCCUCCCCUGCACCUUCUGUUCCCUGCAGGGCUCUGUCCUUCCCUGCUCCCUGCUUGUCUCCUCCCUCUCACCCCCAGAGCUGUUUGCACUGUGUGAAGGUGGCAGCUGCCAUCCAAUGCACUGCAGGACAGCCGAGGCUGAGGAAGCUCCAUGCCCUUGGGCACAGUGUGGUUGUAACAGACCUCACCUGGAAGGUGCUUCCCCCCCUUGUCAGCAUCAUUCCACAGCAGUGUAAAGUGUGUGGUGACCUCAAAGCAUUGGGAUGAAUGGAACUUGCACCCUUCAAACCUCUUCCAGAAGGAAGCUGAAGGAGCCUUCCCACCAUGGAGCUCAAUGUUCCUGCUCUGGAGCCCUUUCCCCUUGCUGAGCUGCUUGCACAAGCCUCUUGCCUCGGGAAACCACAGCACGGGCACCAUUGCCCCAUUGCCUGUGUCACCAUGGGAGCUGGUGACCAACACGUGAAGGGCUCAUGGAGUCACCAGCACAUCCUCUUCCUGCUCCUGUUUGAGUGCUAGGAUGGAAUGAAACCAGCAGCAGGUCCCUUUGGUGCACUUAAACUGGGGUGAGGGCAUCCUGGGGUGGUUUAAAGCUGCCACACACGUGGAUGGAGCAGUUCCAGCUCAGAGGGGUUUGCUGCUAUUGCAGCUCUGCUCCAAAGAUGUUUGUGUGAUGUUCCCAUAGGCCACCAAGUGCCUGCCCAUGAAGUGCUUGCAGAAGCUGUUGGAGACUGGCAGUGUGAGCUGGAGGGGAUGGAGAGGUUAGGAAUGUCACCUGCAGCAGGGCUCCACUGUUCAGAGAUCCCACAGGAUAAGCCUGAGGCUCCGGUGGUGUGUGGCUGGUUUAUGGGCAGGGUGUGGGGUGGGAUACGAUGGCUUCCACGUGCUGCCUAUGGGGAAGAGCCGCAUGCCCCACACGUGGAAUGCCACGUGCCCAGCUGCUCCCGUGGUGGGUUUGGCACGUGCCAAUGUCCUGCUUUGCCUUAUUGGGUUGGAUUGAACAGGAGUUGACAAACGGGUUUAUUCUGUUUGGUUCUCCAUCCCGGAGCUCUCCUGCUCCUCUCUCCAGCCCAGGCAGUGCUGGGAAUCCCACUGCUGUCAGCCAAGGGAGCAGCUGGGAGCCAUCAGACCCCAGCACCUCCAGCCCAGUUGGACCAAGCUCAUACAUGGGCUGGAUGAGGACCUCUGGGAGGAGGCACAGCUCAGGCCAGGCUAAACCAGGGGGGUUCUCCCUGGAGCUCCCCAUUGCCAGGGGCUCCUGGCUCCGUGCAUGGAUGGUGCCUCUCGGUCCCACUUUGCUCCUUCGAGGCCGGCUCGGGUUUGAAUGAGCAGAGUUGGGUUUUCUGCUGCACUUUGCCUUGAAGGAUCUCAAGUUUUCUAGUUCUUUGUAGUUUUCCUGCCGGUUUCCUGUGUGUUGAAGUCAAUAAAUGGGUUUGAAACCAA